GGUCAGCCAACAAAUCGUAUCCAAGGAUUUAUCAAAAUAAAUAAAUAAAUAAAAAUCAUAUCCACGAUAAUUAAAAGAUUAAAAUCACAUGUCGCGUUAAUAAUUUUUUAUUGGCACAGUCCCCUACAUACCCUGACUUAUUUUGACACGUCAUUACCCGUCGGUGCUCCGGCGGGAAUUCGACGCCGGUCGCUUUCCGUCGAAUCCAUUCCCAGCCUAUUCUGCUCAGUCUGCCAGUGUAACUUCCAAUCUGUAAAGCAUGCUUGGAAUUCGCAGUAUUCUUGGGCAUGAGAAAUGUGAAAGCUACUUGAUUUUUCAGGGUGAAACUGUCCUUGGGGAUGGACUGCGGACAUUCUUGUAUUUUCUGGGUCUUGCUUAUUGUUUCCUCGGCUUAUCAGCUAUAACUGCUCGCUUUUUCCUGUCUAUGGAGAAUGUUGUGAAGCAUACACGUAAAGUGGUAGACAUUGACCCUUACACUAACACUGAAAUAGUUAGGCAUGAAAAGGUGUGGAAUUUUACAAUUGCAGACAUUAGCCUGCUGGCCUUUGGGACUAGCUUUCCUCAAAUAUCUCUAGCCACUAUUGAUGCCAUAAGGAACCUUGGAAACCUGUAUGCUGGAGGUUUGGGCCCUGGAACACUUGUUGGUUCUGCUGCAUUUGAUCUUUUCCCUAUCCAUGCAGUUUGUGUUGUAGUUCCAAGAGCUGGAAAAUUGUUAAAGAUAUCUGAUCUUGGAGUGUGGCUAGUGGAGCUCUUUUGGUCUUUUUGGGCUUACAUUUGGUUAUAUAUAAUUCUAGAGGUUUGGACUCCAAAUGUAGUUACACUACUGGAGGCCUCAUUGACGGUUUUGCAAUAUGGAUUACUGUUGAUGCAUGCUUAUGCUCAAGACAAGCGUUGGCCAUAUAUAUCCCUUCCUCUGCCAAGAAGUGGAAGACCCGAGGAAUGGGUACCAGCUGAGCCAGCUUCUUUUCAGCAUGAUGCCUAUAAUGGCAACUCUGAGAUACGUCAAAUUGGUGAAGAAAACAGCAAAAUUGUUGAUAUUUUCUCCAUUCAUUCAAGUGACGAGACAGGUCCGGUGUAUCAAAUAGUAGCUGGAACUGAUGAUACUCCUGAAUCCUCCAACCAAAUUUCGCAAAAGGAAGUAACUCCAGAAGAUUCUCAUACGCUACUACUUUGGAGGCAGCAAUUUAUAGAUGCUCUCAUGUUGGAAAGCACAGAAUCAAGAAAAAUGGACAGUUUCUAUUUGCGAAUUGCAAGAUUUUCCUGGCAUUUACUACUUGCUCCAUGGAGACUUCUGUUUGCUUUUGUGCCUCCUUAUCGUAUAGCUCAUGGUUGGAUUGCCUUCAUUUGCUCUCUACUUUUCAUCAGCAGUAUUGCCUACAUUGUGACGAAAAUCACAGAUCUCAUAAGCUGUGUCACAGGAAUAAAUCCUUAUGUCAUAGCAUUUACUGCAUUAGCAAGUGGAACUUCAUGGCCAGAUUUAGUUGCUAGUAAGAUUGCUGCUGAACGACAGACAACUGCGGAUUCUGCCAUUGCAAAUAUCACUUGCAGCAAUUCGGUGAACAUUUAUGUUGGCAUUGGUGUUCCGUGGCUAAUAGACACAGCAUACAACUACUUCGCUUAUAGAGAACCACUGCGAAUCAAGGAUGCUGGUGGACUAAGCUUCUCUUUGCUUGUAUUUUUCUUUACUUCCGUAGGGUGUAUAGGUGUUCUGGUAUUUAGACGUCUUACAUUGGGUGCAGAGCUCGGUGGGCCAAAGCUUUGGGCCUGGCUUACUUGUAUAUUCUUCAUGUUUCUUUGGGUUAUCUUUGUUGUGCUAUCUUCUCUCAAGGUUUCGGGCAUCAUAUGACUAUGAGAAUAUCAUUCUUAUUUUUCCUUACCUGAUAUCAAUUUAUUUGUUACCACGCUAUACACUUAGGCACAAUUGUAUUUUCCAUUUUUUGGUGUUUAUGUUGUAAUAUUUAUACAUUAUUGUAUUGUCGGUUCACAGCAAGUGAAAUCAUCUCUUUAAUCAAAGAGAACAUGUAUAAGUUAUUAGAAUUGUUGCCCGAAAAUUGAUAAAUUUAUAUUGCCAACUGGCCAAGUUCACAACUUUCAAAUCAUAUUUGCCCCAUAUAUUUUGGGCCGGGUGCCGAGGAAGAGAAUUUAUAAAGGCAUGCCUGAUUUUUCCUAUUUUCCUUUAUUUUUUCUUUUAAUUUUAUUUAGGACUUGGAUUUAUUUUUUGUGGAUUCUUUGAGUAUUCUGGGGAUAUGAAUUUGUCCUAUACGUUUGAUUAGCCUUGUGACCGACCUUGUCGACACAAACGAUUGACCAAAUCAAAUAGCUGGGUAGGUACACGCUGGUCAAUACUUUUGGCCUGGAAGCAAGUCUGAAUUAGACUCGAUGGAUUAUUCACAAGAGGAAAAUGAGCAUCUAGUUUUUGAUGGGCUAAAACUAGCCAAUCUAUAAAAUGCCACAAAAUUCCAAAUAUUUAUCAGUUCAUUUGCCAGCUACAAGAAAGUACAUCUAACUUCAAGCCAAAAAAAAAAAAAAGAAAGUACAUCUAACAGUACAGAUAUAAUAUAUAUAUAUAUAUAUAUAUAAUUGAAGUAAUACGACAAAAUCAAUAUUUUUUUUUUUUUUUUUUU